GAUCAACUGAUGAUACAGAUUCACCAAAACCAAUUUCUUUACGCUCACUUUGCCGAUUAGGACGACCUCUAGUUCUCCUUGCUGGCUCUCAUACCUGCCCUUUAUAUAGAUAUAUAUCUCAUGUGCUUAAUGAUGUGUAUGAUCGAUAUCGAUCUCGAGCAGAUUUUUAUAUGAUACAAAUUAGAGAAGCACAUGCUAGUGAUGUUUGGCCGAUUGGUAAUAUUGUAGAUGUUAAAGAGCAUAAAACAUUAGCUGAUCGUUUAACCGCAGCGGACGAAAUGGUUAAAGCAACAAAGUUAAAAAUUCCAGUCUUGGCAGAUACAAUGGAUAAUAUCUUUUUAAAUUUAUACUGUCCUUGGCCGUUUCGCUUUUUCAUCGCUGUGGAUGGUAUUUUAAAACUUGUUGGGAUGCCAAAAGAGGCUCAUUACGAUACAACUGAUUUAGUUAAGUGUUUAGAAACUCUCUUAAAAUAA